AUGGAGGGAGACUUAGAAGUGACGGCAUCGGCGCUACAAGCUCUUUCUGAGUUGGAGGAUGAGAUGGAGGCAGUGGAGUUGGAGCUUGAGAAACAGAGAAAGGUGCUGUUGGCACCUGUUUACAAAAAGAGGAGUGCGGUGAUUGAAGGGAUAGAGGGUUUUUGGAGAAUUGUCCUGACGCAGCACGGGGAAUUUGCGAACUAUAUUCGGGCGUGUGAUUUUAGGUACGUCGAGGCGAUUCGGCGCGUGGAGGUGGAAUGGAGAUGGACAGAGAGAUGGGAAUUUGCAAUUACGAUUGAGUUUGGGGAGGUUAAGGGGAAGUUACGGGCACAAACGGUAAGGAAGGAGUUUAAGGUGGGAGAGGAUGAGGAGAUGAGCAGCUCUCCAGUUGAUAUUGAGAUACCCAAAGGUUACGAGGGAUCGUUCUUCCAAUGGUUCCAGUGGACAGGAGAACAUCCUGAGGAGGAAUUUGCUAAUGGGGAUGAGUUAGCCAGGCUGUUCAGUGAAGAGUUGUAUCCGUAUUGUGUAAGAUACUAUGCGGAAGCACAGAGAGACGUAGAAGAGGAAGAAGAUAUGUAUUAA